AUGGCCUCAACUCGCGCCAGCGCCCGGCCAGCCGCCGUGGCAGCACCUGCACUUCCGGCCAACGCCAACGCAAAAAAGGAACACCUUCCAGCCGCCGCAGCGUUUGUCAACCCUUAUCUCGGCCAUCGAAACCUGUCCGAGACAGAGCAGCAGGUCCUGGGCGAGUAUGCAAGGCUGGCUGCGACCAUAGCACGCAUCGCGAGCCUCUCCACCACGCUCUCCUCCUCCUCGACGCACCAUGCUCUCCUCACGCAGCUUCGCGUGCUCGAGCGUAAGAUGGGCCUCGUCCUGACCCUGUUCAAGGCCUCCGUCUGGUCGGUCGUCAUGACGCAUCAGCAGCAUCUCGAGGAGACGGAAGCGGCGCGUGCCGCUGCUGCCGAACACGGAGGCUUUGGAAACGAACAAGACGAUGGUGAUGCAGACACUGUCCGCGGAGGUUACGGUGCGCCGUACUAG